AUGAAGGUCUUCGAAUCAAAGUGCACUUUCGACUACUCAUGGGAGGAGGUAUCUCGGGCGAACUGGAGGAAAUAUUGUGCCUGGAACGACAAAGCCUCUCAUGUCGCCUCAGUCGAUACUCUUAGUCGGUCAAUUGACCCCGCCACCGGAAUCCUGCGGACGGAACGAUUAAUCGCAUGCAAGCAGUCUGUCCCGAGAUGGCUUAUGGUCGUCGUCGGUGGAGCUGACGUCUCUUACGUCCGAGAGAUCUCCUAUGUCGAUCCGGUAGCUAAGACCGUUCGCAUGGAAUCCCAAAACCUCACCUUUAGUAACCUAUUAUCCGUUUUCGAGACCGUCACAUACCGACCGGACCCUUCAAGCCCCGAAACGAAGACGAUUUUUGAACAGGAUGCUCAAUUCAAAGCUGCCGGUGGUUUCAGCCGGUUUUGCAAUAAGAUCGAAGACUGGUCCGUUGAAAGAUUUGGCCAGAAUGCUAGCCUCGGGCGAGAAGGAUUCGAAAGUGUCUUGAGAAUGAGCAGACAGGCAUGGAACGAUCUCCGAGACCAGAGCUCCUCGUUGCCGGCGAUGGCUGCGGCGUCAGCACCAUCAUCUGCUUAG